AUGUCGGUCGCGGGUACGAGGAGGCUAUGCAGAGUAGGCCUGGCAGCCGUGCUGGUCACCGCGUUGUGCGUGUUGACUCUCCUCGAUUCGCCGCCUCAACUCCCGGAUCCACCGGCGGAUCCACCUCCCACGCCUGGUGGCGAACCUCCAGGCACAAGAAGCAUCGUGGCUUACUCGUGGGCGCGGAGAUUGGCACUCGAUUACAGACCUUCCAAGGAGUGCGACGGUAAUGGAACGUACGGAACGACGUUAAAUACGUUCAAGUUAGCCGACGCGAAGUGGCUCGAGACAAUCCCCGGACAGCUCUUCCUGUACAGCGCCCACUUGGACCUACGUGUGGCCGGUUAUCCGAGCCUGAGGGUGAUUGGCGUUAAACGUGGACCUCUGCCGACCUCUGGUCUUUUCUGCACCGUUUGGUACGAAGAGGAUAACAGAGGCAGAGCUGUCAGCGUGGAGGCGCUGGUCUCGACGAUUUGGUUGAACGAGUGGGGCGAAACGGUGGACAGCUACGCGGGCGUCCUCGUCGGCUGUCAAUUAUCCAGGGACUCGGUUCUCGAGCCGUCCAGAGUGUACGUGGGCCCGGACCCCUGCCACGAGAAUGCUAGUCAUAGUUUAGCGAUAAGCCCGGUGAACAGAAACGACGGGGAGGAGCCGCGCAGGCAGUUCACCCUGUGCAUAAAGGGACUGGACUUCGACGAGGACAUAUCCUCGAAGCUGGUCGCGUUCGUCGAGCUGCACCGUAUACUCGGCGCGGAGCUAUUUUACUUUUACGUGUUCAACGUGCACGAGAACGUGCUGCGAGUGCUCAGGCUCUACGAGCGAUCGAGCCUGAUCAGAUGGUUCAAUCUGACGCUGCCGGGCGAUCUGCCGAACGAGAAGAACGCCAGGAGGCGGCUGCUCGGCGAGGACAUCUGGAUCAAGAGACGGAUGGAGCUGAUACCGUACAAUCAUUGCUUCUACGAGAACCUUCAUCGAUCGGAGUUCGUGUUACCUAUCGACAUCGACGAGACUAUCGUGCCGGUCGGUAGACGGAACUGGUACGAGCUGUUGCUCGACGAGAGGAUCAAGUUAGGCAGAAGCUUCAAGGAUUUCGCCUCGUACGCCGUCAGAAACGCUUACUUCUUCCCCGAGCUGCAAACCAAGAACCGGACCGAUCACACCGCCGAUCUCGAUUACCUGAACACCAUUAGGGCCAGUUCGAUCUCCCCGGAAGGUGACUCGGUGAAGAGCUUCGUCUCGACGAGACGCGCGUUGACCGUGCACAAUCAUUACGCGCUUACCACGCUGAACCCGUCGACGAGGCGCGCUCACCACUUCGACCCCGAGGACGUGCUCAAGCACCACCACAGAGCUUGCGACGACAGACACUUGGACUGCGAUCUCCUCAUGGAGGACGUCAGGGUCGACGAGUCCGCGUUGAGGUACGCGGACGAGCUCAGAGCGAGGAUCAAGGUCUUUCUGACCGAUCUCAAGGCAUUCGCGUAG